UGUAACAUUGUAUUUUUUGUCUUUUUGCUAAAAUAAUAAGUUGUGCAUUUUAAGGUGACCAUGAAACAGGGCGAUGAGGCUGGAAGCGUCCCUGCGUACUUCCUGUCAAACCAUGAAGGAUUUCUUGGAAGCAUCAAAAACUUCACUGAGGACUUUGUUGUGAGUGAGAUCGACAGCAAUGGGCAAAACGUCAGAACAGCACAAGCCUUGCAGAGGCCAGGCUGCGCCUUCUCGGAGGAAGACAACGUGGAGUUGAAGGAGAAUGCUCACUAUUCAGUCCCACAGGACACUGAUGGCUCCUCGGAGUGGGGGCCGGACACCCCUCUGCCUAGUUUAGGGAGUUUUGAUUUAGAUGUGAUUUUAGGUCAGUCGGUGAGUGAAGAUCUCGAGCAGUUUGUGUUGACGCUAAGAGAAAAAAAGCAAGUUGGCCUGGAGCUGUCCUUGGGCUUCUUCUCAGACAAACACCAGCGAGCCAACGUCCACAGGGCUGUGAGGCACCGCUUCCCCUUCCUCAUGACGGUCACCAUUCAACCUGAGAUCAGGGUCAGGGAAGACCCGGACUACAGGGAGCUUGCCCGGCUGGUUAAAGAGGACGAAGCGGAGGACUUCUUUAGGUUCAUCGACGCCAAAGUGCGAGGCUCGUCCUAUACGUUUGGACCUGAUGACAAUAAGGAGCACAGGACAGCAGUCCAUCACUUCCUGAACCGAAGGUUUGGGAAGCUGGUGGAGACGAAAAGCUUCAGCAACCAGGGGAUGACGGCAAUCUCGGUUAGGCUGAGGGAUCACGGCAAGCCAAAGAAGAGGACUGCAGAAGAGCGCAAAGAAGAAGACCUUUACACAGCCUUCACUCUGUGUAAGGAGAACCUGGAGACUCUGGAGGCCAUCAGCUACAUGGCAGCUGCUCUCGGAGUCCUGCCGUCCGAUUUCACCUACGCCGGGACCAAAGAUAAGAGAGCCAUCACCUUCCAGUCCAUGGUGGUGAAGAAGGUCUCGCCUCAACGGCUGAAAGAGAAGGCUGCAGAAUUUGAGAAGAGGGGGAUGCGUCUGUCUCGGAUCCGCUCCGUCGGGGAGCCUCUGAAGCUGGGACGGCUGCAGGGAAAUCACUUUGACCUGGUGGUCCGCAACCUCAGACCGCACGGGCCCGUUGACGAGCACGGUUCAGGUGCAGACGUGCACGCUCGUCUAGCAGAGCUGGUGGAGGAGGCGGUAGAGAACGUUAAGAGGAGAGGUUUCGUCAACUACUAUGGACCGCAGAGGUUUGGGAGUGGACAGAGCGUUCCGUCUGACCGAGUCGGACUAGCUCUGCUGAAAGAGAACAUGGUUAGUGCUGUGCAUCUGUUUUUCACCCCGGAUGAUGGCGAUGAUCCUCAGAAUCUCGCAAAGAAACACUUCCUCCAAACCGAUAAUGCUAAGGAGGCCCUUGCGAUGAUGCCGUUGUCUAAACCCAGAGAGCGUCUGAUGCUCCGGGCUCUGAACAGAUACGGUGGCGGCCCAGAUGGUUGCGUCCAGGCGUGGCUUAGUUUGCCCCACAGUAUGAGAGUUUUCUACCCUCACGCCUACUGCAGCAGGGUGUGGAACGAGGCUGUGGCACACAGGCUGUCUACGAUGGGUCACUGUGUGAGACAAGGAGACCUGGUGUGGGCACAGACGGGUCAGAACCAAACUGAGGACACUGGUGGAACCAGCUCUCGGAUCCAUGUGGUGACAUACGAGGACGAACAAGCAGGAGUAUACACACUCGGACAAGUGUUGCUACCGAUGCCAGGAAACACCGUGAAAUAUCCAGAAAAUGCCAUGGGGACUUGGUACCAGGAGCAGCUGGCCAGAGAUGGACUGUCCGACUGUCGCUUCAGGGUCAACAGCCUCAAACUGAACGUGCCUGGCUGCUACCGCCCUCUGCUGGCAGCGCCGCGGAACUUCAGCUACCGGCUACAGAGAGCAGCCAUGGAGGGUGGAGGAGGAGCAGCAGGAGAAAUGAAGCAGAGCUCAGACUCUCCUUAUCUUACCUUAAACUUAGAUCUGGACUCAUCCUGCUACGCUACCAUCUGCCUCCGGGAGAUCAUGAAAUGUGACCCUUAAUAAAGCUGCAGUAAACAUUUCUUGUACUGCUUUUCUACUUUAGUU